CACGGGUUUCUGCAGCGAGCAGUUAUCUGCCGUCCUCAAUUUUUUCUCCCUUUCUUCUCCGCCAUUUUCCGGCGUCGCCGCCCGUCGUCCUGGCGGUGAAUCUUCCUCUAUUCCGUCGGAUCUCCGACUUAUGAAUCCUUCCCUCUCCUCUCGUUCUUAAAAAUCUUUAAAAAAGCAAAAAAAUCUGAAAAAAUCGCCGAAAAAAAAAUCCCAAACUAUUUUAUCUCGUUUCAAUCUCGUUUUUGGUCGAGCAAUCGAGGUGAAUUUGUUGAGUUGCCCUUUGAUUCCGAUAAUAAAAAAGAGGAGAGGGAAGUUAUCGGGAAAAAGUCAAAAAAAUCAGAAAACUAUUGAAAAGGAAAAAAAUCCGUCCAUCGAUUUAGGGUUUUGGUUUCUCUGAUUACCGAUGGCAGCCCAGGUUCAGAUGCAGCCUCAGGUUCAGGUGGUGAACGCGGCCUCUUCUGGUGGCGCCCCUUUCGUGACCUCGCUCUACGUGGGCGAUCUGGACGGAAACGUCACCGAUUCGCAACUGUACGAUCUUUUCAGCCAGAUGGGGGAAGUGGUGUCUGUCAGGGUUUGUAGGGAUUUGACUACCCGGCGCUCGCUUGGAUAUGGCUACGUCAACUACGGCAACCCUCAAGAUGCUGAGAGAGCAUUGGCAGAAUUGAACUUUACCCCUCUCAAUGGAAAGCCCAUUAGGAUUAUGUAUUCGCAUAGAGAUCCCAGCAUUCGCAGAAGUGGCACUGGAAAUAUCUUUAUUAAGAAUUUGGAUAAGGACAUUGACCACAAAGCUCUGCACGAGACAUUUUCGUCCUUUGGUAGCAUCCUCUCAUGCAAAGUAGCAACUAAUUCUUCUGGUCAGUCCUUGGGCUAUGGUUUUGUGCAAUAUACUACUGAGGAAUCUGCACAGAAAGCUAUUGAGAAGCUCAAUGGGAUGCUACUGAAUGGAAAGCAAGUCUAUGUGGGACCUUUUGUUCGCAAGCAGGAACGGGAUAUGUCUGUAGACAAGACAAAGUUUACCAAUGUUUUUGUGAAGAAUUUGUCUGAAUCAACCACUGAAGAAGACCUUCAGAGUAUGUUUGGUGAGUUUGGAUCAAUCACCAGUGUUGUGGUGAUGAGAAAUGAAGAUGGAACAUCAAAAUGCUUUGGAUUUGUCAACUUUGAAAAUCCAGAGGAUGCUGCGAGAGCUGUUGAGUCCCUCAAUGGCAAGAAGUUUGAUAACAAAGAAUGGUAUGUCGGGAGAGCUCAAAAGAAAUCUGAGCGGGAGAUGGAGUUGAAGAACCGUUUUGAACAGAGUGUUAAGGAAGCAGUUGACAAAUCUCAAGGGUCUAACCUGUAUGUCAAAAAUCUUGAUGAUAGCAUCAGUGAUGAUAUGCUUAAGGAUUUUUUUUCUCCAUUUGGUACAAUAACAUCGUGCAAGGUCAUGCGUGAUCAAAAGGGAAUUAGCCGAGGGUCUGGAUUUGUUGCAUUCUCAUCAUCUGAUGAAGCAGCUAGAGCUCUCUCUGAAAUGAAUGGUAAAAUGAUUGCCAGCAAGCCUCUUUAUGUUGCACUUGCUCAAAGGAAAGAAGAUAGAAGAGCUCGUCUACAGGCUCAAUUUGCUCAGAUGAGGCCAAUGACAAUGGCACCGACUGUUGCACCUCGUAUGCCGAUGUAUGCACAUGGUGGUCCGGGUCUUGGGCAGCAAAUAUUCUAUGGGCAACCUCCUGCUAUUAUUCCUCCCCAAGCUGGAUAUGGUUAUCAACAGCAGCUUGUACCUGGUAUGAGGCCUACCGGUCCUCUGAUGCCAAACAUGUUUGUGCCAAUGGUUCAACAAGGGCAGCAAGGCCCCCGUCCCGGUGGAAGGAGGGCUAAUUCUGCUCCAAUGCAGCAGGGCCCACAAUCAGUUCCUGUAGUUCAACAACAGAUGGUUCCAAGGGGACGCGGUUAUCGCUACCCUCCUGGACGUGGUAUGCCUGAUGUUCCCUUGCAAGGUAUGGCAGGGGGAAUGCUCUCUGUUCCAUAUGAUGUGGGUGGCAUGCCAAUGCGUGAUUCCGGAAUGUCUCAGCCAAUUCCAAUUGGUGCUUUGGCCUCUGCUCUUGCAAAUGCUUCUCCCAAUGAACAGAGGACUAUGUUGGGUGAAAACUUGUACCCGCUGGUGGAACAACUGGAGCCAGAGACUGCGGCUAAGGUGACGGGCAUGCUUCUGGAAAUGGAUCAGACAGAAGUUCUACACUUGUUGGAGUCGCCUGAGGCUCUUAAAGCCAAGGUUGCAGAGGCCAUGGAAGUCCUGAGGAAUGUGUCCCAGCAGCAGCAGCAGGGUGGCAGCCCAGCCGAGCAAAUGGCUUCGCUGUCGUUGAACGAGUGAUGGUUUUUGAGGUCAUGUAUGUUCAAGGAAAGAGGGAUAAUACUGCUUACUAUAUAAUACUGAUUUGUGACUGAACUUUAUUACUACUCUGGUUUGUGUGUGGUAUGCUGUGACUUUGGUUUGGAUACUGACAUUGACAUUGUGGCAGAUUUGAAUUUGUGUUUGUGUUGGACUCAUUUGCUUGAGCAUUGGCUUUAUGGUUUUAGGCUGUUGGACUCAUUUGCUUGA